AUGGUUCAAUCUAUUCAUUUCAACUGUCACGUGAUUGUGCGUGUGUUUUCACGUGACAAACCCACCCACCUCUUGCCUCUUUCUCCCACCACCCACCUCGUCAUAAUCUCUACCUCCACCCCGCCAUCCUUUCUUUCCCACCACGCCGUCCUCUCUCCCUUCCACCCGCCGUCGCCUCCCACCCGCCGUCGCCUCUCCUUCCUACCCGCCGUCGCCUCUCCCUCCUCCUCGCCGUCGCCUCUCCCUCCUCCCCUCCGUCGCCUCUCCCUCCUCCCCGCCGUCGCCUUUCCCUCCUCCCCGCCGUUGCGUAUCCCUCCUCCCCGCCGUCGCGUAUCCCUCCUCCCCGCCGUCGCCUCUCCCUCUCGCCGUCGCCUCUCCCUCCUCCCCGCCGUCGCCUCUCCCUCCUCCCCGCCGUCGCCUCUCCCUCCUCCCCGCCGUCGCGUUUCCCUCCUCCCCGCCGUCGCCUCUGCGUAG